AUGAGAGUUUGGAGGACAGUCUGGGAUCAGAUGGACGACUCGGUGGUGGCGAAGAAGCGAUGGACUACUGAAGUGACAUCUUCUGAACUAGGUUGGUAUUGUCGUCACUACAGUCACUGCUCACUUCUGGGCCGCCGGCUGAAGAAUCGGGCUCUCGUCUUACAAAACCGUCUUGAGCUCCUGCUGAAACUUAAGGGCCGAUUAGGAUUUCUUGUAUCGCAAAAAUUCAACGGCGAUUAUUCCAAUGGAGACACGAAUGAGUUUUUGGAUGAAAUUAAUGGCGAAAUCGGUCUGAAUCUGUCCAACGGUGACGAACACGACAUGAAUGUCAUGACAAACAAUGCCAUCAAUUCGUCGCACGAGUCGUCGGAAACCAUACGAGAGGUGGAGCCGAAGGAAGAGCCCGAGAAGAUCAAGAAGUGGAGGGAAGAGCAGAACAGACUUCUCGAGGAGAAGGACAGGGAAGAGAGUGUACGCAAAGAAGAGCUGAAACAGACGGCCAAACAUGAACUCGAGGAGUGGUACGCGCGAUACGCGGAACAGCUCGAGAAGUCGAAACUAAAUAAUAGAAAUGCUGAGAAGGAAUGGGUGGCCGAAAGGGAUACAGAGGUCGCGGGACAGGAAUGGGAGAAAAUAGCGAAAAUGUGUGAUUUUAAUCCCAAAUCGACCCGAAAUACGAAAGACACGACAAGAAUGCGAUCAAUACUUUUACAGCUCAAACAAAAUCCGCCGACGGGUCAGAACAGCAAAUCCUAA